CAGGCAGACCCAUUAAAAUGGAAGACAUUUCCUCUUUCUUCACUUUAGCUUGAAAAUGAAAGGCCAGAAAGUGGAUCUAACGUUUAUAAUGGGACCGAUCGAGAACGAGCUGAUAAAGGUAGAUCUUGAAGUUUACUCACAGCACCAAUACUAAAAGUACUGAUCUGUCUUGAAUUGAUGAGUACUUCGAAAAAGAAUUUUGUUUUGAAAAUUCAUCAGCACUGAUCAGUAGCAGCACUUCAAUACUUUAGGAGUACUAUAGAAAGAGUACAGGCUGUUUUUCAGUCUUAUAGAUUAUUGUCUAUAUUUUUAAGUCGGUUACACAAAAGGGCAAUUACUUAGUGAAGCAAUUCGGGCAUAUGGAGUGGAUUUUACGCCAAAGAGUGCAAGACGUUUAUUAUUAACUGAUAAUUUGCACGAGAUCUUAUAUCCGGGUGCACAUAUAUCAGCCGGUAUGCCCCAUAAAACCUAUUUUCAUCACGGUAUUGUUAAAGAAGUGUUAACACCAACAAUUACCGUUAUACAUUUUUGGCAAGAUCCAAUUGGUGGGUGGUCUAAAAUAUGUGAAUGUGAUUUAAAUCAUUUUGUUGCUGCUACACCGCCAGGUCAUCCGAAAGAACUAUUUCGAGCAUUAUAUUUAAUUGAAUAUGAGAAUGAUACAAAAGAAAAACGUGAAGAAACUCUAGCUAGAGCGCAACAGGAAUUAGAUAAUGAAGUUGGACAGCAUACAUUUGAAAGAUUGGAUUAUAAUUGUGAACAUUUUGCUGUUAAAUGGCGUACUGGUAAAUGGGAUAGUGAGCAAACACGUAAAACGAAUCAAGUGCUAGAAAAACUUGAUCCAGAAGUCAAGAAACAGUUAGAAUGGAUAAGAACUAAGUAG